GCCAAGAAACUACCCAGCUCUGGCUGUGGAAGCGCCAGGAGUCAGCCUGGGGAGGAGGGAGUCUCCCUUUGGCUUUAACCUGGCUCGCAAGCCCGCUUGCUUAGGUCAACGCCACUUCCAGUCUGGACUAGCAGAGCCCCGGGAAUCUACAGGGGAUCCUUCUUCACGUGAAGUGGUGAGGCGCUUGGGAAGAAAGUGAGAGUAGGGCGGGCGUGUGCGUGUGUGUGUCUCCCUCCGCAAUCGCGAUUCACAUUGGGAAAGGGGGUGGGAGAGAAAUAUCUCUUUCCCCACGCAGAUAUUUGUGUUAUUGUAAAAACUGUUGGAAAUACACAGCGAAGGUGUUCUGAGCAGAGUCGGGCUGCUACUGCCGCCGCCGCCAGUCUGCGUGCAGGGAAGAGAGCGAGGGAGCGCUGUAGUUGAAAAGGGGGAAGUGAAUGAAUCUCUUUUUGAGGCCAAGAUCCAGCCGCCUGGAAGCUCUCCGAGCAGGUGGAUCGAGCAAGGACAGGAUGGAUUCCGCGGACCUUGGGCGCUCGCUGCAAGCCUCAUUCCGGCUGCUUCUCCGGGUUGAGCCGAUCGUAGCCACCUCCAACUCUUUCCUUCUUCCCCUUUGCUUUUCCGGAGCCAGCCUGCUUGGCUCGACUAACCCCUUUACCUACACCCUGCUUCCCCCGGGAGACGGCCGUCCCAUUUGGGCCUCCUGCCAGCGGGCGGCGGCGGCGGCGGCGGCUUCGGCAGCGAGGAUGGCCCGGGUCCUUGUCACCUCCUCCCUCUUCCUAAGACCUGCGAGACCUUUGCUGCUGCUUUUUCGUAACUGGAGCGGGGACGAUUUGGGGAAAAAGGCAUCUCCUCCCGUCUACUGGAUUACUCCCUCUUUUUAUUUUUCCCCUGAAUCUCGUUUUGGCUGUGGCUCUGCAGAAGGCAACCUUGGCGAAGCAAUCGGAGCCGCGCGUGUGCUGGGAGUGUGUUUGAGGGUGGUUCCCCCCCCUUCUUGUUCUCUUGCAGGGUACAAUGUUAAAAAGCCACCGCUAGUCGCCCCCAGUGCUCCUACUCUCUAGGUCUUUUUUGUCUCUAGUGCAGAUUAAACGUCACGUCCGCACUUGAACUUGAAUUUUAUCCCAUUGUACGGAGGCAGACCCAGCCAUAGAGAGAUUGAGCGCUCCCAGGGAACCAGGACUCCGCCAUCUUCACAUUGCAAUAUAUCUCCUAGUAAUAGCCAGCACUCACCCAGAAGCACUGGGGGGCUUCCUUCCUAUCAAGACCUUGUGCCAAGCGAGGGGAGGGGGGGAAAAAAGCACUGGUAAAAGUGGUGCGAGCAAAGCAAAGCAAAGCAAAAAAAAAAAAAAAGCAAAAAAAAAAAGCAACCUCAAACAGUAGCACUUGAACUGGCAAAGAGGAGACACAGUUUGGGCUAUCCCUUUAAAAAAAGCAAAGCAAAAAAGAAUUCUAAUUAACUCAGCAAGGGUAUUUUUGUUGCAUUUUUCUCUGCGUGUGGGCAAAUACCAAUUUUUCUACUUUUGUGCGAGCGUGUGUGCAUAUAAUUCAAUUUUCAUUUCUUUUUCCUUUUUUUUUUUUUAAAGAAAACCCUCCUGAUGGAAGAAGUGCACUUUGCUUUUUUUUCCCUUUCUUUUUCUUCUAACCACUCUGGAAAAAUAAAUGUCAGCGCUUGGUGAAGUUCAAGAAAAGAUCUGGAAGCUGUGGAAAAGGAAAACAAAAACCAAACAACCCAAAAGACAGUUGUCUUGUGAAAAUAAAAGCCAAGCCUCCCCCACUUCAUUUAUGAUGUUUGUUUAAUUGGACGAAGAACCUCAUCCUGAGAACGUCAAGGGGGGAAAGUGCUGCUCUCUUUUGAGUUCUUUAUUUUCUUUUUAAAAGAAGAAAUCCGUCAAGAAGAGCAUAGAAGAAGAGGAGGAGGAAGACGACCGCUCCCCCCCUCCUCCGCUCCCCCCUACCUAAGUCCAGCUCUCCGGGCGAUGACCGUGUAAAUGCCAGGGCAAUGUCCCGUCGCAAGCAGGGGAACCCGCAGCACUUAUCACAAAGGGAAAUUAUCACGCCAGAGGCUGACCACGUGGACACUGCCAUCAUCACCCAUGAGGAUGAGAGCCUAGCACUAGGAGAGCCAGUUGGGCUCAGCAUUGCGUUGGGUGGAACAGACCCUGACCUAUUAACCUGUGGACAGUGUCAGAUGAACUUUCCCCUGGGAGACAUCUUGGUUUUUAUAGAGCACAAGAAGAAACAGUGCCAUGGCGCUGGUGGUGCCUGCUAUGAAAAGAACGUGGAUAAGAGCAGUCCUCCCCCUCCAUCACGCUCCGAGCUCAGGAAAGUGUCAGAGCCAGUGGAAAUCGGGAUCCAAGUCACACCCGAUGAAGAAGACCGUGUUCUCACGCCUACAAAAGGAAUUUGCCCCAAGCAGGAGAACAUUGCAGGGCCGUCCAGGCCUGCAAAGCUGCCGGCGGCCUCCAUAACUGCCUCCUCCCACCCUCAUGCAUCAGUGAUCGCACCGCCACCUCUCCGUGCUCUAACCUCAGUCCCGCCCUGCCUGAGCCUGUCCUGCUGUGGUGCGCGCGCAAUCUCAGUUGGCGGGUCUCAGAGUGAGACAUCAGGCACAUUUGGAUGUCAUUGUCAGUUGUCAGGUAAAGAUGAGCCUUCAAGCUAUAUUUGCACAACAUGCAAGCACCCUUUUAAUAGCGCUUGGUUCUUGCUUCAGCAUGCCCAGAAUACACAUGGAUUCCGCAUCUACUUGGAAACUAGCCCUUCAAACAGCUCCCUUACUCCACGCAUCACCAUCCCUCCUCCUCUGGGACCUGAGACUGUUGCACAGUCCCCGCUGAUGAAUUUCCUAGGCGACAAUAACCCUUUUAGUCUCUUGCGAAUGACAGGUCCCAUCCUGCGUGAUCAUCCUGGCUUUGGUGAGGGUCGGCUUCCUAAUACACCUCCCCUCUUCAGUCCACCACCUCGUCAUCAUCUGGAUCCACAUCGCCUUAGUGCCGAAGAAAUGGGGUUAGUUGCCCAGCAUCCUAGUGCCUUUGACAGAGUCAUGCGUUUAAACCCCAUGGCAAUUGAGUCGCCAGCGAUGGAUUUCUCCAGAAGGCUUCGAGAACUGGCAGGAAACAAUGCCACCCCACCACCAGUCUCGCCUAGUCGCAGCAACCCUAUGCAUCGCUUAUUGAAUCCUUUCCAGCCAAGCCCUAAAUCUCCUUUUCUGAACACCCCUCCAUUGCCACCAAUGCCUCCAAGCAGCACUACGCCUCCUCAGCCUCAGGCAAAGAGUAAGUCCUGUGAAUUUUGUGGAAAAACCUUCAAGUUUCAGAGCAAUCUCAUUGUCCACCGGCGCAGUCACACAGGAGAGAAGCCCUAUAAAUGCCAACUCUGUGACCACGCUUGUUCCCAAGCCAGCAAAUUAAAACGCCAUAUGAAAACACAUAUGCACAAAGCUGGAUCCAUGACAGGGAGGUCUGAUGAUGGAUUAUCUGCUACAAGUUCCCCAGAGCCUGGCACAAGUGAACUUACUGGAGAGGGACUAAAAUCUAGUGAGGCAGAUUUCAGGAAUGAGAGUGAUCCUUCUUUAGGCCAAGACAAUGAAGAAGAGGAGGAGGAAGAGGAGGAGGAAGAGGAGCUGGAAAAUGAAAGUCGACCUGAGUCAAGCUUUAGCAUGGAUUCAGAACUAAGCCGUAACCGAGAGAAUGGUUCCAAAUCGCUGCCAGAUGAAAAAUCCCUUGUCCUAGGAAAAGUGAUAGAGAAUGUAAGCCUCGGUACCAUCCAGCAAUACAGUGACAUGCUGGCUGAAAAGCAGAAAAGAGGUGGCUUCAUGAAAAGGUCUUCAGAUCAGCGAGAUCUCUGCCCUCGAGACCUUUGCCAGAGAGACACAGGUGAUGAAGACUCAGUAGCUGGAGAACUUGACCGCACUGAGGAAGGGACAGUGAAUGGGAGAAACUUUGGGCCAGGUGAACCCUUCCCAGGGCUAUUCCCUCGCAAGCCCACCCCUAUCACAAGCCCCAAUUUAAACAAUUCCUCGAAAAGAAUAAAGAUAGAAAAAGAUUUGGACUUGCCACCAGCAACAAUAAUACCUUCUGAAAAUGUUUACUCUCAGUGGCUGGUAGGAUACGCAGCAUCAAGGCACUUCAUGAAGGAUCCAUUUCUAGGAUUCACAGACUCCCGACAAUCCCCCUUUGCAACUUCUUCUGAGCAUUCCUCAGAGAACGGAAGCCUGCGUUUCUCUACUCCACCAGGUGAUAUGCUGGAUGGUGGUCUCUCAGGGCGCAGUGGGACGGCGAGCGGAGGCAGCACCCCUCAUAUCAGCGGACCCGGUCCCGGUCGACCCAGUUCAAAGGAAGGACGGCGGAGUGACACGUGUGAAUACUGUGGCAAGGUCUUUAAGAACUGCAGUAACUUAACGGUGCAUCGCCGGAGCCACACAGGAGAGCGGCCUUACAAAUGUGAGCUCUGCAACUAUGCAUGUGCCCAGAGCAGUAAGCUGACACGUCAUAUGAAAACGCAUGGCCAGAUAGGGAAGGAGGUCUACCGCUGCGACAUUUGCCAGAUGCCCUUCAGUGUUUACAGCACCCUGGAGAAACACAUGAAAAAGUGGCAUGGCGAACACUUGCUGACAAAUGAUGUAAAAAUUGAGCAGGCAGAAAGAAGUUAAACCCCCCACCCCCAACUGGGUUAAAAGCAGGGGUCUAGGUAACAUUUAAAUUGUACAGUUUAACUAUUGCCAAUUGAGAAAAGCUGACCUAACUUGCCUCCAUAAACAUAUCUUAGUGUAACUAUGGCAGGUGCCAGAAUUUGGCACUUAAAUAUAACCUGUGUCUACAAAGUUCUAUUAAACCUGAGGAUUGGUUAAGGCAGUAAAAAUUGUGAAGCCUUUUAACUGUGCAAUAAUUUCUGUAUUUAUUGGGUUUUUUUGUUUAUGUUUUGGCAUGUGCAGGUACUUUUUUAAUACUUUUUUAUUUUAGAUUUCCUUUAAAAUUUUGUUGGGUAUCCCAUUCUAGUUUUCCCCAAUAGUAACCUGAGAUUCUUUGCAUUACAAGGGGAGAAUACAUAUCGAUUUAAAUUAUAAUUUUAGAGGGCCGCUGCUUUGUUGAAUCUUACGCUGAGUAUGUGUAAUUUCUUGUGAAGAAGCCAACAUUUUAUGUUUUUGUUGUUGUUGUCCUUUAAAAAGAAAAAAAAAUCAUUUGAGAAUUAGGAAAUAUUAAAUAGUAUCGCGGAUAACAAUCUUAAAAUUUUAGCACUUUCUUUUGGAUUUGGAUUUAAAAAUUAGCACUGAUGAUGCCACUUAAAAUAGAGGCCUUUAUUUAAAAUAUUAUUUUUAACAGAUUCUAAAAUAAACAUUUUGAGAAAUAAAAAAAAUGGGCACCAAAUUUUCUAAAGGCAGCUAUAAUAACAAAAGCAAUAGCAAAAUUUGUGCAUUAUUUUUAGGGAAUUUGUUUAAAUGCCUUAUCCAUUUUCUUUUCUGCCGUUUUCUACAGUUCAGUAAAUAAGGAGAAACUCAGGGUCCUGAGAGCUUCAUUGCCAAUCUUAGGAAGCAAAACAGAAAGAAAAGGUUGAUUGUGGGUUUUUUUUUUUUUUUUUUUUUUUGCAGGCAUGCCACUUAUCCUUGUUCACAUUACACAUUAUGCACACAGUAAUUUUCACUUGAUAACCCGAAUAUGUACAUUUACAGUAACUGACCAUUCUAUACCAAUAUGCAGCAAAAGACUAGUGAGUGUUUUAACUGAAGAGUAGUUUAAUUAGUAAACUUUUUUGAGUAUAUGUGUGCAUCAAGAAAUGCAUACACAAUAUGAGUAAAAUGAUGUUUUGAUUAUGCCAUUCACUGAAAAACCAUCAAAUCAGGUUGAAUCUGCAUAAAUUUGCUUAGGAGUAAACAAAAUCUCUGAAGAAAAAGAUACAUUUUUGUUUUAGAAUAUGUGGGAGUAGGUGUUCAUUUUAGAGGAGUCAUUCCAUGUAUGUGAAAUGAAGGCGUGCAUAGUGCAUGCUCUGUGUGCAAAAAGUUCCCAGUCAUUUUUUUUUUUUUAACAUCCUCAGGUUGGGGUAGGAAACAUCCAUUUCUGAAAUUCUGCAAAGUGUUGUUCAUGUGUUUGGCAAUUCCAAACUGGACAAAUUAACUACCUAUCAGACAGCCUGUUUUAAUAGUUAGGAAAAAAUGCUUUCUCUUAUAUGAUGUUUACUAUUAGCAUUUUAUAAUUAUAUUAGUUUACUAACAAAAAAAAAGUUGCCCAAUUAAUCAUAGAUUUCUUUAUUUACUUACUGUACAAUUGUACUAUAUACUGAGAAUAUUGUUCUGAGAGUAAGCCCUGUUAAAGAUCGUGAAUAUGCUUUUUAAAGCUGAUUAAUCAAUUAAACUGCCGCUCUAAAUCUUAAAUCAUUAUCAUACCAUGAACUUUUUCUAAAUGUUGUCCUGAUUCAAUAGGUAUUAUUUAAUUAUAAAAUAGGUUAAUCCUUUUUUCUAGUUUAUUCUAAUAAUUCUUUUGAAAAGAAAUUCCACACAAUUAUAACACUUUGCAGCAAAGAAUUGGAUGCCAGCUAUUUAGCUAAUGUAAAAACAUGUACUUUAAACAAGAUGGAUAACGAACAGAAUUUUAUAGUGUACCUAUCUAUGUCACUGGAAAACUAGAUAUUUCACUUGAAACCAUAUCAAUCACAAAUAGAAGUUGUAUCAUCUAGCCCUUUCCCCAAGGAUUAGUUUUUGGGACCAGUAUUUUUAAACUUAUUCAUAAAUGAUUUAAAUUAAGGCUGAGCAGCUAGUGGCCAAUUUGCUGAAGACAUUUCAUUAUUUUAGGUGGUUAAAACAACAGAUUGCAAAGAGCUCUAAUAGAACUCUUUUCAAACUGCAUAACUGGGCAUUAAGAAGGUCAUUGCAGUUCAGAAUAAAAAGUAUACUACCAUAUAUUUUUUUAUUCCUAAUAUCAUGAGUCCUUUUAUGAGGUCUAGCUGGCACAGAUACACCCAGAAAUGGAUUUUACAAAUAGUUAUAGUUAGUUUAAAGAUAACAUUGAAGCAGUGUACAGUUCUUAUAAAAACAACAGUAAAAGUGUUACUUCAAAGUAGGGAUCAUCAGAAAGGAAUAAAAAUAACUAAAUUUCCGGAUACUAUAAUAUCUUUAUAAAGAUAUAAAGAUAUAUAUUUAAUAGUUAUAUUCAUUAUGUAAUCAUACUCAGAUGUCUGUGUAUGUUUCUGGCCACAGCAUCUCCCAAAAAAAAAACCCAAAAAAACCCAUACUGGAAAAUAUAUAAAGAUAUAUAUUUAAUAGUUAUAUUCAUUAUGUAAUCAUACUCAGAUGUCUGUGUAUGUUUCUGGCCACAGCAUCUCCCCCCCAAAAAAACCCCAUAUUGGAAAAUGUGCAUGAAAGGCAAUAAAAUUAUCAAGGGGCAAGAGCAAUUGCUUUGUGAGGAAACAUUACAUCUGGGACUUUUUAGCUUAGAUAAAAACAAGUAGCUUGGGAGAAAACAAACAUGUAUAAAAUUAUGCCUACUGUGGAGAAGCUUUUCUUUCAGUUAUUAGAAUCAGGAUUAUCCGAUAAAGUUGAAUGUUUGAAAUUAUUUCAAAACAUAUAUCUCCAGAACAUGAAUGUAAUAUUACCCCUUCGGUUUAAUCUUAGGAACAGUUCUUUAUCUGUUUGUAAUAUAGUGAUUUUGCCUGCUUCAGUUACUGUUCCAAGAACUUCAUCAUCCAGAGUCACUGGUUUGAGAUGGGCAGCUAUACGAAUUGAAUGAAUGAAUGACUUAAUUGAAUGAAUAAAUAUAUCUCCAAACUCAAUUUCCAAUAUUUCUAUAAAUUACACAGACAUUUAUAGCUUCAUUGUAGGAUCCUUUAAUUUUUCUUCUGGCAUUAUCCUCUAUGUUGCCAUAAUUGUAUGGAGAAUAAACAGGGCCAUGGCUGGUGUUCUCAUACUCUGUAAGUUAUGGUAACACUUCUUGAACAUGCUAUGUUCAGACAGGAUCAAUGUAUGAUUCUGAAACCCUGAUGAACAGAUUUGAAAGGUGCCUUUAUAUAUAUGCAUUUUCAUCACAUGGAAUGCCUGCGAUUUACAUGACAAUCUACAGAGUUCUCAUGAAAUCAGCUGAAGCCUUCCUCAGGCUCCUAAAAUAAUGCUUAAAUUGGGCUCAUAUUUAAAGUUCAUCUCCUUUUGAAAUGGCCAACUUCAAAGAACAACUGAAUAAAUAGUAAGAUUAUACGUCCCCCUAACUUUGCCCAUUAUUUAGCAGAUACCAACUAGCAUAACAUCCAACACCCUAAUAGUUGCCUUAGAAACAGCCUACCAGCCACAUAUGGUAGUUCACCAAAGGCUUCCUGUUUUGGCUGCUUGCCGGAGAUACAGAAGCAGAGAUUUUCAAGUACCUGGCAGGCCCCUAUAUUGCUGGUGAUUUGUAGUCAGCUUGUACAGAUUUCUAACUAAUGGCAUGCUGAAGCCAAUACAUAAGGCUGCUAAUCAUCACAGUUAAACACUCAUGGGAACACUUGUAAGAAUACUAGACCCCGAGAUUAGAAUGUAAACAGCAUUUUCCUUCAAAAAGUUGCUCUUGUAUGGUUGCAUAAAACAUGACACAACUCUUUAGACAAUCUUCAUAGUUUUUAAACUAGUUCAAAACACGAGUGGACACAAGGCAGAUGUUGCUCCCCAUAUUAGUGAAAGUUUAACUUUUGAUUGGCCCACAGGUAUAUUUGCACUGGCUUAUGAGGCCAGCAACUUUACAUUAAACACAGCAACGUUUUUAUUGUUGUUAUGGUCAUUUAAUCAAAAUGUUUCUUAAGAAAAUUUAAGUCUGAUAGUAAACCUUUUCAUUGGAUCUCAGUAGUAAGCUCAUACCCAACAAUGAUAGAUGCAUUAGGUACAGCAAAUAUUAUAUAAGGACCAAUUGAACUGAAGAGGCAUUUUUUCAUUAACAUUCUCAUAUAAUGCACAGUUAUGUUAUUGUAAGGAAAAUAGGUCAACAACCAGUCUUUUAGGUGGGUGCCAUUGAGACAACUUGUAAGAAUUAAAUUUGUUAGGAAGGUUUUAAAUUUUGCAGCCUUUCAAAUGGUACUAAAAUGAAAGGUGCUUGAUUUCACUAAACUCUUGAGUUUGAAAUUGCAGACCUGAGUCCUUUAAAGCAAAAUGUAAAAUGCAAUUUCUUCAUAAAUUCUGAAUUUAUACAGUUAUACAAAGCUCUUCUUAAUGUCUGAAAUUAAAACUUUCUUAAGAACUCAGCCAUUCUAAAUAAGAUGUUUUGCUUAUGCAUUUUUUAAUUUAGCAUUUUUUUAAAAAAAAUACAUUGUUUUUGUACAUUUGUUUUGCCACAAACAUUUCAGUCCCAUUUUACACAUUGCAUAGUUAUUGGAGAUUCUUCAUAUAUAUUAAAUAUUUUUUCCAAUUAAAUUGUAAAUGGUAAAUAGAGGUUCUUUUAAUGGGAGUUGCUGAAAUGUUCCCUGAAUUACUGAAGUCACUAAUCGCUUCAUUGUUACUUCUGUUUGAAUAUUUUAUUGAAAACCCUUUUAAUUCGGAACCUUCAUUUGGUAAAUAACAUUGAUUUGAAGAAGAAAAUAUAUUGUAGUGUUUAUUCACUUUAUUCGCUUUGCUUUUCUGUUUCUAGUUCCAUGGUUCUUCUGAGGGAAGCAUGGACAGUGGCUAGAAGAGAUAGAGGCUCUUCUUCAUUUUCUUCUCCUCAACUUGAGUAUUUUGACUGAGAGCAAAGCCUAAUUUCUUUAACUGACAUGUUAAUUGAUCAGACGUGGAACAAUAUGCUUUCCCUUAUUUACAAAGAUCCUUUCAUCCUGACAUAUAAUAUUUUUUGCGAGUUAUUAUAGCUCUAAUUCUUUGCUGUUCUUUUAGUCUUUCAGAUCAGAACAGGUGCCCUAAGCUGAAAUGUCAAUCUUUAUCUGUUUGUAUAUGUUUGUGUGCUUUUGAUGUAGUGGUUAAGUCAUCAGGCUAGAAACCAGGGGACUGUGAGUUCUAGUCACGCUUUAGACACAAAGCCGGCUAAAUUAUCUCGACUAGUCACUUUCUCUCAACUCUAGGAAGGAGACAGUGGCAAACCACUUAUGAGAAACUUUGCCAAGAAAACUUGCAGGCAGUCUCCAAGAAUUGACAUAUUGGACGGAAGGAAAAACAAAACACACGUGAACACACAUAUCCAUAUACAAAUCUUCAUAACCUAAGACUUUCUAGGUAAUAAUUUGAAAACCCCUGAUAUAGUUAGUAUACAUUAUUAUAAAAUUUACAUUUGAUUCUGUUGACCCGCACUUUAAAGCUAUUUUUCUUUUGUUUAUUUGUUUGCAUUGAAGACCAGUGGCUUCUAAACAAGAAAUUACAGCAUUUUUGUCUUUGCUUGGCCCAGAGAUGGGUGAACUAUUAAAGGGGGACAUCUGAGAUUAAGUGUCAGUGUUGCUAAGCAUGGCAUUCACAAUACUGGCACUAUAAAAAACUAAUAAUAAUUUAUUGGACAGUUUUUUUACUGCCAUUUCAAUUUGAUGUGAGUGCCUUGAAAACUGAUCUUCCUAUUUCAGUCUCUUGAGACACAUGCAAACAAUUUUUGUGAAAUGAAAAGACUUUUCAGAAAAGAUAGAACGAGAAAGGUAUGUUCUUUAGAUGAAAAAACAAAGAGCCACAUUUACAUUUUUAAAAAAAAGCCUGGUUGAAGAUAGUGGACAUGAAACUGCCAUAAGACCCAAUCAAAUGAAGAUGUAUAUCCAGCACAACUUCGGACAUCCAUUUGCUGAAUUAUUCUCAGCCUUUCUCUUUUUUUUCAGGACAACGCUGCUUAGGAAAUGGAAUGGAAAUGAUUUACUGCUGAAUUAAAACUCAAAUGACACAAAUUGCAAGUUGUUAUCAUUGAAUGAAAAAUAAUUCAGGAACAACGGCUAAUUUUUUAAAAAGUUAAAUUUAGUGCACUCUGUCUUAAAAUACGUUUACAGUAUUGAAUACAUACAAGGGUAAAAAAAUGUGUGUAUGUGUGUUUGAGCAAUCUUUUUUUUUUCAAAGUUUGCUUAAUAGGUUAUUAAAAAUGCCAUAAUGGCCAUGUGUAUAUUGUUUUCUUUUGGUGACGGGGUUUUAGUAUAUAUUAUAUAUAUUAAAAUUUCUUGAUUACUGUAAAAGUGGACCAGUAUUUGUAAUAAUGGAGAAUGCCUGGGCAUUUUACAAAACCAGAAAAAAAAAAACUUUUCUCUUUUUUCCUUGAAAAUGUUGCAGUAAAAUUUAAAUGGUGGGUCUAUAAAAUUUGUUCUUGUCACUGUAACUGUAAAGUCUGAGUUUUAGUAUUUUUUUUUCUGCCUUGGGUGUUGAAUUUUUAUUUCAAGAAAAAAUGUAUAGAAACUUGUAUUUGGGGAUUAAAAGGUGACUGCUACACCAUGUAGAAAAAGUACGUAGAAAAAAAUGCUUAAUAUUGUUAUUGCUUUGCAGAUUAAAAAAAAAAUCACAUUUCUGACCUGUACCUAUUUUUAUCUCUUCCUCCCUUCCCCACCUUCUCCCUUCCCUCUUCUUCUGGAAUGAAUAUUGAUAUUGGUUGAUUCAUAUAAUGUAGGCACUUGCUGUAUUUUUACUGGAACUUGUAAUUUUUUAACUGUACGCUUGUCCUUUUAAAGGGAUUUAAUGUACUUUUUUGUUAGUGAAUUUGGAAAUAAAAAUAAAAACAAACAAACAGGCUGCCAUAAUAUAUUUUUUUAAUUUGGCAGGAUAAAAUAGUAAAAAAAAUUUGUAUGUCAAGACCUUAUUGUACAGAAGAAGGUAAAGUAAAACGGUUGUUUGACAACCUGUGGGUAAAAGAAAAAAACCAAUUAUUAUUUUUAAUUAUUGGAGGGUGCGAUAGGGGUAUUAAAUUUUGUUUCAUUUAAAAUUUUUGUUCACUAUUUUAGUUGUGUGCAUGUGUAUAUAUAUAUAUGUAUGUAUAUAUAUAUAUAUAAAUAUAUAUAUAUAUAAAUAUUUUUUGUGUCAGAAAUGGCCUACAAAAAAACUGCUUGUUCCUUCAAGGCAGUAAUAACUUUGAAGCUGCCUGGACCCCUUGUAUCAAGGCCUUCCCAGGUAUAGUUGAACUAGGUGGUUGGCUGUUGUCUGUUGUUAGAAGAAAUUUCAUUUUUGUGAACUUGUUUGACUUAACAUUCCACAAUUCCCCUCAAAGGGAGGUGACUUUUUCCUAGCAAAUGUAAACUUUCUAGCUACGUUCCAUAAAACAUAUAUGUGUGUUUAAGGUAUCCAGCGAUACUGAAUUAGAUGGCACUGCAUAUCCUGAGGGAUGAAAUGGUCUGUAUGCUGUCCUUCUCUCAUCAUUGAACAGAUGGUAGUACUCUGUCAACUGUGGGUUAAGGGAAUGCGUAACCAGACCUCAACUCACCCAACAGUGCAAGGUUUUCUACUAUGUAAAGCCUUCUUCCUUCAGAGGGGCCUGAUCUGGAGACUUUAUGGGAUCAGGGUACCUGUUUAUUUCCACCUUCUACCCUAUUCUCUUCACAGCUUUCAGGUGAAGUCAUUUUAAAAGGGAAAAAAGAAGAAAGAGCAGCAUUCUGUUGAGUACAACUGUGAAUUGCAGUGGAGUAAAAAUUGGUCCAGGCGCAUCCUACUUUUUUUCCCCUUUCUGUAAGAAAGGGACCAUUGUACAGGUUUUGCCAGUCUAUGUUCUUUUGUCUGCUUUGCUGCUAUUGUUGACUCCUAAUUGUACAUUCCAUAAAUUUUACAAAUAUUUGAAGGACUAGGAUGAAAUUCUGUACUUAUUUUAUUGACUAAGUUAUCUUUCCCCUCCAUCUUUUAUUUUAUUUGGGUGGAGUAAGGCAGGGAGAAAUUGCUGAAGUCUCUUGAAAAAGCUACUGAUAACUUUACCUAAGAGGGUUCUAAUAAUGUUAUGGAAAAAAAAUCAUUGAGAGAAACUGAUCACAAAAACAAAACACAGAUUUAGAUCUAAAAUGUCUCAGUUAUGAAGAGGGCUUUUCCUGACCAUGCAAUGUUUUUUGUGCAGUGGAGAGAUACUACUUAUGGAAAGAUAGAUCUUCAUUAAUUCUCCUUUCCCAACAGUCUUAUCCCCUUCCCAAUUUCUUCCAUCCCUGAGAACAUCUUUUGCUAAAUUUAGGGGCAGUGAACAACAACAAUGACAAAUAGGUGAGGGUCUCGUUCUCAGUGCAAAAUGUCAAAAUGUAACUCUCUUCAAAAAAUGCUACGGUCAGGAAAAGAAGAUGCAUCUAACAUAUUCCAUCUCUUCCAAAUUAGGGAUAAAAUAAUGCUGGAAGAAAAAUCCAUUGUGGAAAGACAGUUCACUGGAUGUAUCUCUAAUGAACUUCAAAUAGCAGAUAAUAAAUUUAACUUCUUAAAGGCAUAUUCCACAGUAUUUUAUGCAUUUGACUUUUCCUUAAUUGGGAUAUGGACGGUGAAUUCUUCUGGAAUAUUUUUGGACAAAAUUCAGGAGUAUAAUUUUUAUUCCAAGAUGCUAGUUUCACUUUAUUCUGUAAUCAAUUGAAUUCAAGAUCUGUCACUUAGGCUCUUUUUCAUUGUAGAUGAACUCAAUUCUAAACCACCAGCAGCUGUGAUUUGAAUACCUGAGAAUACAGUAUGUGGUAUUCUAAAGCACAAAUGUUAUAUUCAGUGAAACUAUCAGGACUCCUCCUUUUCUGCUUUUAGGAUUCCAGUUUUACAAGGCACAAUGUGAUAGGCAUAUCCUAGUUAUCUCUGCUGUUACAACUGAAAAAAAUAAAUUUUGUUUAAGUCAAAAUUAUUCCAUAUUUCAAGCCUGUCCCACACUUGUUAAAAUUCAUUCACAGAGCAUUUCUGGGGUGACUUUUUUAAAAAUAAAAGGAUGUAAAAUAAAAAAUAAGUUGUACUUUUUGUAUACUGCCAUGACUUCAGCAUUUCAUCCUAGUCCUGAUCACAGUCCAAGGUUUUAUUUUCACAGGCAUACUCAUUUUAUGGUGCUCUUUGUAUUAGAAUUGCAAAGCAAAGUAUUGUUGAUUUCAGUUGUUUGCAUUUGUACCAGCAAGUAAACUAUUUUUAUUACCUUUUUCUAUUUCUUAUUGUAUGAGCUUUCGUUGUUUACUUGGAGGUUUUGUCUUUUACAACAAGUUUGGAACUAUUUAUUAUUGCUUGGUAUUUGUGCUCCAUUUAAAAAAACCGGAGCACAUUUUCUAUUAUGGAUACAAAUGUUGAGAUGGCAGGAUGUCAUUUCAAUAUCACUUAGUAAAAUAUUUAUUGUUCCUUUUAUUCUCUGUACAAGACUUUUGGCCUCUUUUUUCCCCUUACUGUCAUAUUGUUGAGUUCAGCAUGUGUCUACCAUUUCAUUUGUACACUCAUUCAAACAACGUUUGUUCCAGUUUCAAGUUAUAAAAAAAUAAUAAAUUGGACAUUUGACAUGA